AUGUUCGUCGUGCCAGCCAUCGAGAAGCUGCUGUCCAGUGACUGGAAGGAGAGGUUUCUGGGAAGGAGCUCUGUGGAAGCCAAAGAUGUGAAAGGGACCCAGGAGAGCCUGGCAGAGAAAGAGCUCCAGCUCCUGGUCAUGAUCCACCAGCUGUCUACCCUGAGGGACCAGCUCCUGACGGCCCAUUCAGAGCAGAAGAACAUGGCUGCCAUGCUGUUCGAGAAGCAGCAGCAGCAGAUGGAGCUGGCCCGGCAGCAGCAGGAGCAGAUCGCCAAGCAGCAGCAGCAGCUGAUUCAGCAACAACAUAAGAUCAACCUCCUCCAGCAACAGAUCCAGCAGGUCAACAUGCCUUACGUCAUGAUCCCGGCCUUCCCCCCAAGUCACCAACCUCUACCUGUCACCCCCGAUUCCCAGCUGGCCUUGCCCAUACAGCCCAUCCCCUGCAAACCAGCGGAAUACCCCCUGCAGUUGCUACACAGCCCCCCCGCCCCGGUGGUGAAGAGGCCCGGGGCUGUGGCUGCCCAUCACCCCCUGCAGGAGCCCUCCCAGCCCCUGAACCUCACAGCCAAGCCCAAGGCCCCCGAGCUGCCCAAUGCUUCCAGCUCCCCCAGCCUGAAGAUGAACUGUGGACCCCGCCCCCCCAGCCAUGGGGCCCCCACACGGGACCUACAGUCCAGCCCGCCCAGUCUGCCAUUGGGCUUCCUUGGUGAAGGGGACGCUGUCACCAAAGCCAUUCAGGAUGCUCGACAGCUGCUGCAUGGCCACAGUGGGACCUUAGAGAGCUCCCCCAAUACCCCCUUCCGCAAGGACCUCAUCAGCCUGGACACGUCCCCGGCUAAGGAGCGGCUGGAGGAGAGUUGUGUGCACCCCCUCGAAGAAGCCAUGUUAGGCUGCGACAUGGAUGGCUCCCGCCACUUUCCUGAGUCCCGGAACAGCAGCCACAUCAAGAGGCCCAUGAAUGCCUUCAUGGUGUGGGCCAAAGAUGAGCGAAGGAAGAUCCUCCAAGCCUUCCCGGACAUGCACAACUCCAGCAUCAGCAAGAUCCUUGGCUCCCGCUGGAAGUCCAUGAGCAACCAGGAGAAGCAGCCCUACUACGAGGAGCAGGCGAGGCUGAGCCGGCAGCACCUGGAAAAGUACCCGGACUAUAAGUACAAGCCUCGGCCCAAGCGCACCUGCAUCGUGGAGGGCAAGCGGCUGCGGGUGGGCGAAUACAAAGCCCUGAUGAGGACCCGGCGCCAGGAUGCCCGCCAGAGCUACGUGACCCCGUGA